CGGGCCCAUCUUCCCGUCCCCUCCGGACGCAGAAGGCAAGGCUCGUCAGCACAAAGUUGCCGGUGCACAGCGACGGUGCACUGUGCCCGAGCCGCUGUGUCCCCGUCACCGAUGCUACUUUUCCAGGUGCGGGGUCGCUCUUGGGUCCCGAAGUUUGGAGAAAGGCUGUGAAGAGAGGCGAGUUCCAGUUACUAUGGCAAUGACGGCAGGGGCAGCAACUACCUUUCCUAUGAGCAACCAUACCCGGGAAAGAGUGACUGUGGCCAAGCUCACACUGGAGAAUUUUUACAGCAACCUAAUUUUACAGCAUGAAGAAAGAGAAACCAGGCAGAAGAAGUUAGAAGUGGCUAUGGAAGAAGAAGGAUUGGCAGAUGAGGAGAAAAAGUUACGCCGAUCACAGCAUGCUCGUAAAGAAACAGAGUUCUUACGCCUUAAGAGGACCAGACUUGGUCUAGAUGACUUUGAGUCUCUGAAGGUGAUAGGAAGAGGAGCUUUCGGAGAGGUGCGGCUGGUCCAGAAGAAGGACACGGGGCACAUCUAUGCCAUGAAGAUCCUGAGGAAAGCUGACAUGCUUGAGAAAGAGCAGGUGGCUCAUAUCAGAGCAGAAAGAGACAUUUUGGUGGAAGCAGAUGGAGCCUGGGUGGUGAAGAUGUUCUACAGUUUUCAGGACAAACGGAAUCUCUAUCUCAUCAUGGAAUUUCUUCCUGGAGGUGACAUGAUGACCUUGCUGAUGAAGAAGGACACCUUAACAGAAGAGGAGACACAGUUCUACAUCUCAGAGACUGUCUUGGCGAUCGACGCAAUUCACCAGCUGGGCUUCAUCCACCGGGACAUUAAGCCAGACAACCUUUUACUGGAUGCCAAGGGACAUGUAAAAUUAUCUGAUUUUGGUUUGUGCACUGGGUUAAAGAAAGCUCACAGAACUGAAUUCUACAGAAAUCUCACACACAACCCACCAAGCGACUUCUCAUUUCAGAACAUGAACUCGAAGCGGAAAGCAGAGACAUGGAAGAAGAACAGGAGACAGCUGGCUUACUCCACAGUCGGAACACCAGACUACAUUGCUCCAGAAGUGUUCAUGCAGACUGGCUACAACAAGCUCUGUGACUGGUGGUCCUUGGGAGUGAUUAUGUAUGAGAUGCUGAUAGGCUUUCCACCUUUCUGCUCCGAGACACCUCAAGAAACUUACAGAAAAGUUAUGAGCUGGAAGGAGACACUGGCAUUUCCUCCUGAAGUGCCCGUCUCUGAGAAAGCCAAGGACUUGAUUCUCAGAUUUUGUACUGAUUCUGAAAACAGAAUUGGGAAUGGUGGUGUGGAAGAGAUCAAAGGUCAUCCGUUCUUUGAGGGUGUAGACUGGGGGCACAUAAGGGAAAGACCAGCAGCUAUCCCUAUAGAAAUCCGGAGUAUAGAUGACACCUCAAACUUUGAUGACUUCCCUGAGUCUGAUAUCUUACAGCCAGUGCCGAAUACCACAGAGCCCGACUACAAAUCCAAAGACUGGGUUUUUCUCAAUUACACCUACAAAAGGUUUGAAGGGCUGACCCAGAGAGGCUCCAUCCCCACAUACAUGAAAGCUGGGAAGUUAUGAUGUUCAAGUCGCCCACAGCCAGAACUCAGGCAGCUGCCUCCCCAGGCUGACCAGGCGCUCCAGGACGGUGCUGCUCCAGCCAGAGGAACGACUACAGCUUGGGAAUCUGAGGCUGCUACGGCUAUGGGAAUUGCUCUGCUUUUUUUUUUUUUUUUUUUUUGUAUUAACUUUAUCAUACAAAGGUACUGGAACAAAAGGAACGGACAUUCCCUCCUAACUGCACUGCCUACGUGCAUGUUGAGAGGUCAAUCCUGUCCACGUGCUGCGCUUCUGAUUGCAACACUAAUCCAGCCAGAACUGCAUAGCACUGACGGCCCUGUGGCAGCCUGAGGUUGCUCUUAGUGUCCCUGCUUCACUGUAGAGCCCAUGGGUCUAGAAUCAGUGAAAAGCCAUCUUCUGUAGCUGCUGUUAGAACAUUUGUGCCGUUGGUUUGGCAUUGUAGGCUCUACAUGAAGACAGUCUCUGCCCGGCGGCUCCAAGGAACUUCAGGACACUGACUCCGACAUUAGCAUUUCCCGUUGAUCCCUCAUGCAGACCCCAGACCCCGUGGUAAGGAAGAUGAGCUUCUGUCAGGGUGAGGACAUCUCUCACCUUCACUCCAGCAUCUCCAAGCCUGACAGUGCUGAGAGAUAGUGGCGGUUGAUGUGCACACAGGGAGAUGGACCCGAGUCAUUGUCAGCUACUCCAUUUCUAACAAGAGGGCGUAGCAUUGUUUUAGUUGGAGGAUGGUGAGCUGAGUUUCAGAAAUGACCAUGAAAGCUGCUUGUAGAACCUAGUGUGUUUUUAUUAAACUAUUUUUUUAAAUGUCAAACUUCUGAUCAAGUCAAUGGACACUGUGGAGAGCAGAGUGGGACUCACUGUGGCUUUCUGCAGAGGUGGUACAUGUCAUGCUGGUGACCCUUUGUUCCCUCGAUAGCACUAGUGCCAUUGUUUUCCAAUGAACCAAAGAUCCUGGACAGUGGCUGUCAGCAGAGAGUGAAGCUCUGCUCUACAGGGACGCUGUGCUCCCUGUGACAGACCUUUGACAGAGGCCAGCCCUGUUCACUGUUAGCUCAUCACUGUGCUUCAAGCCCAUAAUGAAAUAAAGGAAGUGGGUGUGGGCUGGGAGGAUGUGAAUGGAGAACAGGCAGAAAAGUCAAAACCAGAUUAUUGGGGUGUUUCCUCAAGGAUUACGUCAUCUUUUCUCACUUAGCAUUUUGAUUCUGAAACAACUUUCUGAAGAGAUGUAGUUUUGUGAGUUGUAGUUGUAGUAACUUCUCAGGGAGUGGCUAAUGUUUAUCAUCUGUGAUGUGAUGCAGUGAGGCUUUAUGGGAAGAAUGUCUCUCCUGAUGGGACUUGUGACUUCUUUUUUCAUGACGGCCAUCAGCUCCUGAUGUAUUUUGGGGAGUCCUUUAAAGCCACCCAGUGUGUCCCUAAUUUCCUGCUGAGUCUGGCAAUCAGCACCACCUUUUGACAUAUUGGCUCAACUGUAACCUGAUCAACCCUAUGCUGAGUAUUUGGAGAAAGCACUGAAAAUGGUGGACAAGCCUCCCUGAAGACUUUAGCUGCCUUAAUAUCUGCAGGGUAUAUGAGCUUCUCUAAGUUGUCUGUUUCAAGGGUGCUUUAGCAGCAGAGACCCCUGGCUGUAGGAAUCCAACCUUUUCUUUUAGAAUAGGAUUUUCCUAGUAUGAGGGUUUUUUUCCUAGUAUGAGGUUGGAUAGGAGACCUUGCCAAAUUCUCUAGCUCAGGUGUGAUAACUACCUAACCUAGGGUGGAUGCUGUCAAGUCCAGGUAACUGGGGUAGGUUGAGAUUGGUAUAAAGAAGAAUUACCGAGCUUAUGUUUCCAUGAGGUAGGGACCAAACACUUGGUCUGAUCUUCUGAUGUGGUUGUCAAAGCCUGAGAGGCAGGUUUCCUGAGGUGGAGAGGCAUUUCGGGAAGUUUGCUUUGUUGGUUGCCUCCUCCCCUGGCAUUAUCAUGGCUACCCACUCUUCCAGAAUCUCUCAUGAAGUGUUGCCUAAGCCAGUGUAGAUGCCCCUAAAGACUAUGUCUGCCUAUCAAAGCAAAACUAUGAGGCAUGGAGCAAAUUACACAAAUAAUUUGCAGAGAUCCCUGAGACAGACUUUUUUCCAUUAUACAUUUCCCAUCUUUUAGGUGAAUAAUGUAAUUUAAGUGAUAAAACCCUGUCUUAACCGCGCAUAGUGACAUUUUCUCUUAAUCUCUCUCUAUUUUGGUUUUGUUUUUUUGUUUGUUUGUUUUGUUUUGUUUUGUUUUGUUUUUUUGAUGUGGUUUUUCGAGACAGGGUUUCUCUGUGUAGCCCUGGCUGUCCUGGAGCUCACUUUGUAGACCAGGCUGGCCUCGAAUUCAGAAAUCUGCCUGCCUCUGCCUCCCAGAGCGCUGGGAUUACAGUUGUGCGCCACCACCGCCCAGCUUAAUCUCUAUUUUGAAUCAAGGGAUGUUUUAUUAUAAAAGGUGGUUUGGGUUUUUCUAAGGAUUCAGAGAAUGUGUAUAAUUCAGAUGUAUUGGUUUCCUGAUUGAAUAGAGACUUGUAUUUUUUCAUUAAAACCUUUGUGUUGAACCAGUUAUUAACAGCUAAGUCUGCAGGUGUAUGAAACCCUGGGCUGUCCAAAGUAAGGUGUGACCAUUAGCCAUAGGUGGCCAGUCAUCUGUGUGCUGAAAAUGCCAACUAUGGAAUAGUAAAUACAUUCUUUGGUUGCUAAGGCUUAAGAUGGGGCUCCUUUAUUCCCAUACUAGCAUAGCUCUUAAACACACCCAUAACUCUGUGCAAGCUGUACAUUUAAAAUAUCUGGAAGCAUACUUUGUUUCGGUGUUGAGAAGCUAAUCCACCAGUCAGGCUCUGCCAGCAGGAGAGAGAGCUAGCCCCCUAUCUUUUGGCAGUCUACAAAUAAGUUACUUGAGGGUCAGAAAAGGGUCCUUGGCACAUCCUCUCUUUGAAUUGUUAAAAUUCGGAAAAGUCAAAAGCAACUGUUUUGCUAUGAUCAUGAUUAUUUCUUUUUUUAUUUCAAAAUUAUUUUCUCUGUAGAAGUGCACUUAUUUCUGAAAAAUCUUAAAGAAGCCAACACUUAAAUACAAGACACUUGAGAUUACUAGAAAUAUUUUAGAUUUUUAUUACAAAAUGUGAGGAGAUGAAGGAAUAAAGUAAUAGAAGUGUAUUGUAGUUAUUUUUUUUUUAAA